CAGCAUGCAUGUGUCUGAAUCAUUUGUUGUUGUCAGCGAGCAGCAUCACAUCCAAAGCUACAAGUGGAUUACAUUCAACUAGCAGAUUUUUUUUUAUCGUCUGUACAAUAAUACGUGUUUUAAACAUGAAGAGACCCCCGAGGCUAUUUCAUUAACGUUGAGCUAACGGCAAAUGAAACGCUGAUACUGUUGGUGGAUUAGACUGGUGGCAUAUGUAACGCUGGAGACUUUUCAAGGGCUGGGUUACAGACAUGCACCCACCAUCUCGACAGGACUAUGUAUCUAUAAGCCUUACUGGACAAGGAAGUGGAAGUUACAAUAACAGUAAGCAUUGGAGGAGGCAGUCCUGCUGGAGGAAAUGGAAGCAACUGUCCAGACUGCAGCGGAGCCUCAUUCUCUUCCUCCUUAUCCUUCUGUUCAUUUGUGGAAUUUCUUCCUAUCCUACUGUUACUGAACACCUCAAAGGCCUUACAGAUGGAGAGCAAGACACAGACAGUAACAGCGUCCUGAAGCCCGUCAUCCCUCAUGUGCUGCCUGAGCCUGUCAAACAGGGACAUCCAGCUCUGCCAGAGCAACUAUCCCAGAGGAAAUUAUCCAAUAAGAGAGGACCGCCCAUUCUUCAGAACCGUCUUCCGAAGAAAGAAAACGCUUCAAGUACAGUGCCUGAGGACAAGCCAGCUGGUGGCAAGAGAGAAGGGGAGGAGGAGGGAGUCAUCAGCUGGCGUGGAGCAGUGAUUGACACUGAGCAUGCCACAGAGGGCACCAAGGACCAGGAGAAGGAGGAUUUACCUGCCGACCCAGAGGCCAAAUCGUCUAAAGACUCAGAAGCCAGCUGGCUGGAGGAGGUGCGGGAAGCUUUCAGACAUGCAUGGAAGGGAUAUAAAGAUUUUGCUUGGGGCCAUGAUGAGCUCAGGCCCAUCUCCAAGUCCUACAGCGAGUGGUUUGGACUGGGUUUGACACUUAUUGAUGCCUUGGACACCAUGUGGAUCCUGGGGCUUAAAGAGGAAUUUGAAGAAGCAAAGGCAUGGGUGACAGCAGAGCUCACAUUCAACAAGAAUGUAGAUGUCAACUUGUUUGAGAGCACCAUCCGCAUCCUGGGAGGCCUGCUGAGCACCUACCACCUGACUGGAGACACGCUGUUCCUAGACAAAGCUAAAGACAUCGGCUCAAGGCUGAUGCCAGCCUUCAACACCCCAUCCAAGAUCCCCUACUCUGAUGUGAACAUUGGGAAAGGUACAGCCCACCCCCCUCGCUGGACCUCAGACAGCACUGUGGCUGAGGUUACUAGCAUCCAGCUGGAGUUCAGAGAGCUCAGCCGCCUCACCCAGGAUCCACAGUAUGAGGCUGCGGUGGCUGAGGUUAUGAAUCAGGUCCACAAGCUAGAUGGCAAGCUGGAUGGUCUCGUGCCCAUGUUCAUCAAUACAAACAACGGACAGUUCACUCAUCAAGGCAUCUACACACUGGGAGCCAGAGCCGACAGCUACUAUGAAUACCUGCUGAAGCAGUGGAUCCAGGGAGGCAAGAAGGAGGACCAGCUCUUGGAGGACUACCUGCAGGCAAUAGAGGGUGUAAAGAAGAACCUGUUGCAGAAGUCUUCUCCUAACGGCCUGACCUUCGUUGGAGAGCUCUCACAUGGACAGUUCAGCCCUAAAAUGGAUCAUCUAGUGUGUUUCCUGCCGGGCACUCUGGCCCUCGGUGCUCACAACGGCCUGCCUGCUGAUCACAUGGAUCUGGCCAGACAGCUCAUGGAGACCUGCUACCAGAUGUAUGUCCAGAUGGAGACAGGCCUCAGUCCGGAGAUAGUCCACUUCAACAUGCAUCAGGGCAGCACCCGGGACAUCGAAGUGAAGCUGGCAGACAGACACAACCUCCUGCGACCAGAGACGGCAGAGAGUCUCUUCUACCUGUACAGGUUUACAAAGGACCACAAGUACCGGGACUGGGGUUGGAAGAUUCUCAAAAACUUUGACAAGUACACCAAGGUUUCCUCCGGUGGCUACACCUCCAUCAAUAACGUGCGUGACCCAGACUACCCGAGCCCCCGGGACAAGAUGGAGAGCUUCUUCCUGGGGGAGACCCUGAAAUAUUUGUACCUGCUAUUCUCAGACGACCCCAACCUGAUCAGCCUAGACCAGUAUGUCUUCAACACUGAAGCUCAUCCUCUGCCCAUAUGGCCUUCCACUGCAUGAUGCACGCACGCACGCACGUACGCAUGCACGCACGCGCGCGCGCACACACGCACACACACACACACACACACACACGCACACACACACACACAGGAAUUCAAAUGGCACAUAUAAACACAACAGAACUUCUCAGGGUUGAUGAUAGCUUCGUCUCUUCUGUCUCAGUGAGAGAACUCCAAAACAACACAGAUGGAAAAAGCCUCUUUACUUUUUGUUUGUUAUGAGUCAUUUUGUUGUGUGGAUUUCUGGAGGUGAUAGAGUUCAUGCUGGAGAAGCAGAGGACUCUUUCUGUCCUCUUCAACACACAUAACAUCAGCACUGAGGAGACACUUGACUUGAACUGAAGCCGUCUUCACCACAUGUUGAGGGAAGGAGUUGGACUGAUACAUGUGUCUGAAGGCUGGGUUGAAUAUUUUCAGUUUAAAGCUCCUCAUAGCUUCUAUUUUGCUAAUAGUUCAUCAUGUUCAAUUUCUAACAAAAAUGGCAGCGCCAGAAAAAAAUCCGUAUAAACGUUUACCCUGCUUUGUAUUCUUAUUACAGAGGAGAGGUUUGUGAAACAGAAUGUAAUCCACUGUGACACAAAGCCAGUAUCUGGGGGCCUGACCCUAGUGCUUGGUGUGACAGGAGGCUGGUUGCCUUCGUAGCAACAUGUUCCCUGACAGCAGCCGCAAGCUGUCUGAACUGAAACCAACCACUGCCUGCUGCACCUGGACCCUGACGCUCUGCUCACAUGUUUGUGUUUGGGUGUGACUCCUGCAGGGAAAAGAGGAAACAGCUAAUUCCUCAUCGCACUGUAUAUAGUGAUUAAGUGCUAGAGCUAUUCUCAGAUGCUGAAGCUUCCUGAGGGGGCAUAAGCAUGCCACCAUUUAUGUUUGCUGUGCCGGGUUGCAUUCAUGUCAUACAGGACAUGGGGGGGUUUUUACUGCAUGAAAAUUGUGUUCAGUCCCUUCGGCUCAAGGAGAAAACAAUGACCAGUCAUGUGCUGUGGAACAGUCUGCAACUACAGAUGAAACAUAUAUGGUAAAUUAUGAUCUCAAUUUGUCAUCUUGUUGAGAUUUUCUGGUCUCACUGUUUAUCAGUGGAGGAAGCAGCAUUCACAUCCAGCCAUUUCGUCCAUUCGUCCCAUUCUCGUGGACACGAUAUCUCAGUAACUCCUUGAGGGAACGUCAAAUUUGGCACAAACAUUCACGUGGGCUAAAGGAUGAACAGAUUGGAUUUUGGUGGCCAAAGGUCAAGGUCACAGUUUCCUUGCAAAACAGGAUUUUGGCCUUGUGAACAGGAUAUCUUGAGAACACACGUGUUAUCGUGGAGACAUAAUUCUAGUUUGAGUAAAUGUGCUGAAUCAUUAUGAGCUAAAUGUAUUAAAGGUUGAAGUACUGUUGGCUCAUUUUAAAGGCAGAUGCACCUUUGCAUCCCAGAAGUUGUCCUAGAACUGUACAGCAGUGUCUUUGUAAAUUAUUCAAUAAAGCCGUUAAUUACAGUGUAUAAGCUCUUUAAAAUACGCUCACUAAGAAACACUUGAGGCUCCAGUGUACAGCGCCACACAAAAUCCAUUUCAGUCUGAAUUUGAAUUAGUCUGUUUGGCUCAUGUCAGCGCUGACUAACCCUCGCCAUUACCGAGCUACUGUAGAGGGCUACGGUCCGAGCUAAUAUGAAAUACUGUUUGACAGUUUUUUUAAAAUGCAGCUACAAGCUGAACGUAUUGUGUGUUUCACACUCAAAGUCUUAAUGUUGUAGAGAUAUAAGGUGGCAAGUACUCAAGUACUUAAACUUUCUACCACUUGUAUUAACAGUGAAGCAGAUAUCAUUUACUUCUGGUUGGAUUAGGUCAUAGUGGGUAAUGUUACGAAUUCAUAAGCAGGACUGUUAAUGAAGUUCCUUGUCAGGUUAUUUUAUUGAUAAACUAUUUAAUUGCUUUUCCAGAAAAUGUCCUAUAACCACAAUAAUGGCCAUUAUCGCACUUUAAAAUGACACAUUUGGUUCAGAUCAGCCCCUCCUUAUAAAUUAUCUUCUUGUUACAUUGCUUUGAUUCAAAACUUGAAAAAGUCUAAAUAAAUCUUUAUCUAAUAAUUGGCAUGAAGUCCUGUAGUUCACUGUUUAAUGACAGUAACAGACAGGUUCACUUGUUAAACAUGAUUGCAGCACAGUGGCCAGCAGCUGUCUGCUGUACAGGUCUGUCAACAGUGUGAACAUGUGGUCAUGGUCUCUGAUGUCAUCAACAAGGAAGUGUCAGGUGUGGGGAAUGAUGUGCUGCUGCUAAAGUAACAAUCCUACUAAAUAUUCAAGUCUGGCAGGUAUGUUUAGGUACAACAAACCAGCUGUUUCUGGGGUGCCUCAGUGGUGCGUACCACAUAGGCUUAGUCCUAACGGCAUGGCCAUGGGUUCGAUUCCAACCCGUGGCCCUUCGCUGCAUGUCAUCCCCUCUCUCUCUCUUCCUGAAUUUCCUGUCACCAUACUGUCUGAAUAAAGGCAAAAAUGCCCUAAAAAGAUAACAAAAAAAAAAACCAGCUGUUUCUCCCAUAUGACAUGAAUGCAGCACCAGUCUCUACAUGGGACACAGAUGAACUUGGUUGUUGCCAAGCAGCAGAUUUAAUGAACUGUGAAGCUUUUGUUUUAUGAGGAUAGUGAUGGGUUGAUUUGGCUUGUUUCGAUGGGGUGGGGGAGGGGCGGGGUGGGGGCUCACUGAAUGUUCCUGUUCAUUCGUCUUUUGUUAUCUUCCUUGUUAAGGUGUUGUGUUUCUUUCUCUUUUAACUGAGAGAAAUGAAAUUAGAUUUUAGCAUAAUAUAUGGAUUUCUAGUGUAUGUUCUAAGUCGUAAUUGCAGAUAUCCUAACAGCUUGGAUUGUGCAUUUAGCUUAGUUUCUGUAGCGUCACAGAGCAGCUUGCAGUCAUUCCUGUAAAUCCAGUUAGUUUACAUCACAGCUCUACUUUUAAAAACAUUCUGAAUUUGAAUUGAGACCAAAUUCAUUUUGUAUAUUGUUUUUCCUCACACGUGCCUUUAAUGUUGCUUCAGACAACAAUCCAACUGUUAACAUCCAUUCCUCUCCAUCCAGCUUACUGCAGGUCUAAGUAUUUUUACAGUAGAACAAUGAAAUGAGGGUUGAUAUUUUUCCAGCAGUCCCUCGAAGCAAUCAUUAGAGUUACAUAAUGCUAAUCUCUUAUGAGUGUGUAUUUAAACCCUGCCUACAAGGGCUCUGUGUGAUCCCACUCGGAUGUUUCAGCAUAAUUCCUGAGCCAAAGAUGCUGAAAAUACGAUCAACCCUGGUUUUUGAUUUUGUUUUUACCGAUGAAAAGCCAUUUCUCCAAAGCCACAUCCUUCAGGAAAAACUAACAAAGGAGAUAUUUUCAGCGCUUUUGAUAACAGUGUCACUGGUGUGGGUGACUGAUGUUAGUAUUUUUAGAUUUAAGUCAUUGAUGACUGAUUCAUUUCUAUAUUAGUUGCAGCUGCUUUUAACAGAAGGCUGCACAUACAGAUGCCUACAGCUGUGAGCUUACAGUUUACAGCCAGAUCUGACUUCAAGUCUUCAUGUUCAUGAUCAGUGCCCAACAAUCUGUUGUCAUCCUGAGUUCAUUUACAGCUGUUUCACCAGAAUGCAACGAAUCAAACCUCAUUUAGAGCAUCACAUGAAAAUCCAGCUAUAAUGACAUUUUUACAGUUGAAGUGAGCAGAGCAGAGUCUCUGCUGGGGAUUUGACAUUUUUUGAAAAGUAGAAAUUGGGAUCCUGAAAAUAACUUUUUUGUAAGAGCUCUGUCAUUUUUGUCGUUUGUGUGUUGUGUGUCAAACCUAACACGUCCUCUCUGUCUGAAGUGUGAUCUUUGUCCUGAUGGGAUCUUAAUGUAUGAAUGUGGAACAUGUUAAAGAGCUUCGUUCUGAUGGAGGGGCGGCUGCAUUGGUUCAGUGUUUGAAUGUUUUAUUUAUUUCAAACUUUCUUAAACAUACAAAAUGUAUUGUUGAUGUCACCUGGUGUAUACAAUGCUGGAUUUGCUUUAAUUGUGCAAAAAUACAAUAAAAUUUAAAUGAAAGAUUUUAUUCAUCAGAAAACAAAA